AUGCUGACUUUCUCCCGACUUGUUGGCGUUCGCGGCAUCCAGCUCCUUGUGUUGCUCCUCAGUCAAGUUUGCCUGGAAGGAAGUUCGGACAUGGUGGCGUCCCGCGGGGCGGAUCUGAGUACGAGUCCGCUCUGGGACAAACCGACGCAGAGGAAUGUAGAGCUGAAGGAGGAGAAUGAUUCACUGCAGAAGAGGAAAGGAAAGAAGACAUCGAGGAAGAAGCUUCUGCGGAGGCUGGCAAAACUGCAAAUGAAGAUCGACGAGCAUGAAAAUCGUUGCGAGAAGCUGAUUGAGAUGACUGACGUUGGAAGAAACUUCACUGUGAACGAGGCUUCAAACGAUGGGUCAGACUCCACCGAGAUUGACCCGCAAAGGUGGCUGGUGAUGGAAAGGAAGAGAAUAUCGAGGUUGUACGCCUAUCGCUCAAAGCUCGAAGACAUGUAUGACCGUCAGUUUGGGAAUGACUCGGACCUGGAUUCUGUGGAUGACUCAGAAAAGGAAAUCCCCUGGGCUGAAUGCGGAGGGCCAAUCAACUGCAGCUAUCCUCAGGAAACGGAAGAGGAUGCCGAUCUUGUACCCCCCCAGCUCUUCCUCAAGCCGGGCAAGAAGCAUACGGACCCGCUUCUUCGUCUGUGCGGCCCUAAUGACGGAGCCUUCAUCGUUCCUGGACCAGGGUUCACCCUUGACCGACUGAAGCUUUCGUUUGAGAGUACAUGCCAUGGGAGUAUCGACUGGUUGUCAGCUGUGCGCACAGCCGGGGAAGACUCUCGAACAAGCAUGCAGAGCUUUCGCCAGAUCUCAACACUUUGGGGAUAUUGCAAGCGAGAUCUUGCAGUGGUGACCAAGAAAUAUCAGACAGACUUGCAUUUCUUGCAAGAUCUGAGCCAUGUCGUUGAGGCAUACAACUCGCAGGAGAUCGGCUCAACAUGGAUGGGCAUCGAUGACAUUCAGAAGAUCUGGAGACCCUUGGGAGGAAGCAGGCCGCCCUCAGCAAAGUUCCUAAGAAGAAGAACUCCUGUUGCUCUGUCCGAUCAUGUUCGCGCGAUCGAACGACUCAUCUCUACCGGGCACGCAGACAAAGCGCUCUUUGCAUUCUUAGAAGUCGUCAAGAGGAAGAUUGUAGUGGUGAAGGAUGAUCAUGUCAUGCAUGUCAUCCGACUCUUCGGAAAUGCCAGACGAGCGGACUGUGCAGACAUCGCACUUCAAGAAGCAAGUACUGAAAAUUUAGUUCUUGAGGAGAAAGUUAAACAAGAUGGUAUCAAGCCAUCUUGCUUCAUCUACAACAUCAUCAUCGCAGCGUAUGCAUCGGAUCCUCAUGUCAGUCAAGUCCUUUCUCUUGCAUGGAUGUCAAGCCUGACACCCAACAAGUCGACUCUGAUGCUCGUGAUCGAGAUGUGCGGGAGAUCAUGCAGCGGUCAGGAUUGGGUUGGACUUCUAGAAGCCUACGACAUUCCUUUGCUUGCGAGAAACCUGUCAAUUGAGGUGGAUGAAGAGAUUCUUUAUGGGAUCCUGGAUUGUUGUCGAGUGUGGAUGGCAGCAAACAAGACAUGUCCAUUCACAAAAGUUUUGGAUACGUUGACCAUGUAUGGUCAACAAACAGAGGAUGAAUGCAUCGGGUCUAGAACCCCCUCCUCCUCAUUACAUGGAAGACAUGCUCGAGGAGGGGGUGACGAUGGUUAUGAUGGAGAUGAUGAGGAUGCGUUUAUGGAGAUGGUGGUGGUGGUGAUUCCGUCCAGCAUUGACAAGUUUCGCAUUUUCCUCGUUUGGCUACAAAUUGUACAUUACAGAAUGUCUGUUGAAGAGUCACAGACGCACCCCGGUAUUCAUCCUAUACAAACACCUCUUAGCAGUGAUUAG